AUGCUUAUACUCAUCCUCCUCAACCUCUUCACCCUAACAUCCGCCCUCCCCUCACCAUACCAAUACAUCGGUUGCAUCUCAACAGCCUCCGCACCACCCUUUACCCCCAGCCCUAUAAAAGCACCUUUCACAGCACCAGAAUGUCUCAAGUCAUGCUCUUACACCGCAACGCUCAUCGCCAUUGGCUCUGGCUCUUGUCUCUGCGACGCAGGUGGUGCUGCCGCUUCUUUCGAGCUCGUCGAUGAGGCACGCUGCAAUGCACCUUGCACUGAUGAUGGAAAAUGUGGUGGGGAGGGUGUACUCAGCUUAUACCAGCUUUCUUCGGGACGUGAUGGUGACUGCAAGGGGAAGAACGGAACUGUCCCGCCUGUUGUGCCGACCUGUAACGUUUGCGACCACGUUAAGACUCCUGUCCCUACUCCUACGCAGACUCAAGUGGUUGUCACGAGUGUUAUCUGCCCGCCUGAGGGAUGCAGAACUGUUCUUCCGACUCCUGUUACGACACCUGUUGGAAACUCGACUGGGAAGCCGUGCCCAUCCGGAGGAUGCAACGGCAACAAUGGAGGAGGCAGUCAAAAUGGUUCGUCAUCGGGAUCAUCUGGGUCUUCUGGAUCGUCAGGGUCAUCUGGAGAAGGAUCGAAUGAAGCACCGGCUCUUGUGAGCGACAGUCCCGAGCUUUUUACGCCGAGUAUAUUAUCAGCUAUCGCCGUUGUCAUCUCUGGGAUAUGCUUGAUAUAG